AUGAUCGUACAUUUGAUAAAUUUAAGUUUUACGAUGAGCGGUGUGAGCGUCGGCCAGAUAAUCUGCCGGUGGAGCAUUGGCAGUGGUUGGGCGGGACUUGGUGGUGGUGACUCAGCAUGCUGGUGGUGGAUUGACGUGCAUAGGUAUGACCCGGAGGAAGAAGAAGGUGGAUUUAAGCGUUCGGGCCUCGGUGCUUGGGCCCUCUUUGUCGGCUUUCAGAGUAAUGCUUUUGCUUUGCCUGUGGCAAACUUCUCUGGGCUCAAGUCCAAUUCAAUUUACUUCACUGAUAACAGCACUCAAGUUGUCCACAUUUUCGAUUAUGAAGACAAGACUGUGUCACCGAGCUGUUAUCCAUCUAAUGUUGAGGACCUUGAAAGGAUUGUGAAACAAGGGUCUAUUUAA